GUUGCCAUAUCGUCGCCGUGGAAUUUCAGAACUGGUCACACUGGUUGUCGUGCGAGAGAAAUUGACAAAAUAUCAAAAGCAAUUAGCAAAUCGAGUGCAAAAGCGUUUUAUCUACGCGCAUAGUUCAGUAAUGUCAUUUAUUUAGCUGGAAGUGAUUGUCGUUUGUUUAGUGUAGCCAACUGAUAUGAUAAAAUGAUUGUGAUGCGACGAUGAGCCCUUCUUAUGUUCUCUCUAUGUAGUGUACAAAUAUUAGAGCUUGAGAGCUGCUAAUUAAAUUAUAAACACACAGAAGCGUUAAACAGUCGUCGCCGAGCACGAGCAACAGCCAGAGCCAAGCCCACGACCCCAAACUUUGGCCGAGUUCUAUUUGCACGACGACGAGGAAAGAGAAGUAGCAACUAAAGUAGAAAAAACAGCUUUCACCAAAUUGAAAUCUAGUUUAAUUUGGCGGUGGCCACUGCACCUUGCAGAAUGUAGAACAAAGAGGCAAAAAAGAAAAGAAACAAUAUUUACAUACGCAUUUCUGCAAGUCGUAGACGAACAAGAAGAAAGCUAAGAAGCUCCUCGAAAUGUCUUUCAUAACGAAUUUGAAGAAGGUCUUCCACCUCGGUGGCGGUGGCGAGGCGAAAAAGAAACGCCUCUACAACAAUAUAAAAAUGGACACCGACCCAAAGGAAUUUUGGGAAAUGGUUGGAGAAUUGGGCGAUGGCGCCUUCGGCAAAGUCUACAAGGCCCAGCACAAGGAGCACAGGCGGUUCGCUGCCGCCAAAAUGUGCACCCUAGAGGAUGAGGAAAAUCUAAGUGACCACAUGGUCGAAAUCGAUAUACUCUCGGAGAUCAAACAUCCAAAUAUUGUCGAGCUCUACGAAGCAUUCUCCAUCGAUGACAAACUCUGGAUGCUAAUUGAAUACUGUGACGGCGGGGCCUUGGACAGCAUUAUGGUUGAACUGGAUAAGGCACUCACCGAGCCACAAAUCGCCUAUGUGUGCAAGCAUAUGACCGAGGGCCUUUCAUUUCUACACAAGAACAAAGUCAUACACCGAGAUUUGAAGGCGGGCAACGUACUGCUCACCAUGGAGGGUGGCGUCAAGCUGGCUGACUUUGGAGUGUCGGCCAAGAAUAAACACACAAUGCAAAAGCAUGACACGUUUAUUGGUACGCCCUACUGGAUGGCCCCAGAACUCGUACUGUGCGAAACGUUUCGAGAUAAUCCAUACGAUCACAAGGUGGACAUUUGGUCGCUGGGAAUCACACUAAUUGAGCUGGCGCAAAUGGAGCCGCCCAAUAGCGAAAUGUCGCCAAUGCGUGUCUUGCUCAAGAUUCAGAAGAGUGAGCCGCCUAAACUGGAUCACCCGAGCAGAUGGAGUAAGGAAUUCAAUGAUUUUCUAAAAAAUGCUUUAGUCAAGGAUCCCCAGCAGCGGCCCUCAACAGAAAUGCUGCUACAGCAUGGGUUCAUCAACUGUAAUCUGGAUGCGAAACCGAUCAAAGAUCUGUUGCUCGAGUACAAGGCCGAAGUUGUCGAGGAGGUCGUCGAUGAUGAGGCUGAGGAACCCCGCAACUCGGCGCUCCAGCUCGACCUGGACGAUGACUCUGUUUCGCUGCAGAGCCAAGACAUUGAAAAACUUCCAGGUACACCUACAUCCAUGUCGCGGGAUUCCAAAGAGCAAUCCCAACCAAGUAGCAGUCUACCAGCAGCUGCAGCAGUCGCAGCAGCAGCAACAGCAAUACCUACAACAACAAAAACUAAAGCAACAACACCAGACAACCCACACCAGAUCAGAGCGGAGUAUGUGCCAGCAGUAUCCGAUACAGCCGCUCCGCAUACCAAAGUGCCCGCACCAGUGCCGCCAACACCACCAGCUUCGGAUAAACAGCAGCAGCAAGAACCACAACCUCAAUUACAGCCCCAGCCUCCAGCUGCUGCCGUGCAAAAGAAAUCGAGCGAGGACGUUGCAGAAACAAAUGAAAAAUCGGAUGCUGAGAAAAAGCACUUUAUCAAAAAGGAAAAGGGCAAAGCACCUCCGCCGCCAUCAGCACCCGGCGUAGCUGCUACAAUUUCCAAACCACAAAGCACGCUCACAUCGGAAGUGGAGACGACAGCGCCGCCUAAACAAUUGCCAGAGGCCAUAGGUGGCAUUGAAGUGACCAUUGGGCAGGAUGGCGGGGCGCCCAAGUCACAGCCACCUUCGCCGACCGCCUCUUCCAUCAUAUCCGUGCAGUCCGUAGCCUCUACGAGCAGCACCUCGGGUAGCGCAACGGGCGCUGUGCUCAGCUCCAGUACCUCGUUGAUAACCAUCAACAGCAGCGAUGCAUCGUCUGCUCUGCGUCAACAGCAAUCGGUGCCGCCGCCAUCACUGCCGCCGACACAGACACAAACGCAGCAGCAGCAGCACUUGGUGCUGCCCAACAGUCUUGAGUCGGUUAGUCAAAUCACGGUAGUGACGAGCACCCAUCCGCCAGUAAUCAUUGACAAUUCACAGGCGUCACCGUUAAUGGCGCAAAAUGAGGUGAUUAUCGUGUCGAAUGAUUUGAAUAAGAGCAGGCACAUGCAUGAAUCGUCUACUGAUGAAGACUUCCCUUCUCUGGACGAUAGUCUUGGAGAUCAGGUGAAACAGUCAUCCAUGAUACUCUCUGUAAAUGAGCGUCCAGACAGCGGCAUAGCAACAGCAGCGGCAGGUGCUGUACGCGCACGUAAGCUGGACGAGAGUGAAGUAUUGAUUGUGAGUCCCUCGUACGCGGACGACGAUUCGGCGUAUAACACCGCUUCAGGCAGUCAUGACCAUAGCGAUCACCUCAUGGACACCAGUCACGUGUCCGUCGUCACCGUGGGCGAUGAGGUCAUCAAGGUCAAGGAUAGCAGCCAUCAGGAGCUUAAUGAUGGCGGUGAUAUCGGCAAGCGCCAGCAGGCCAAUGGCGUUGUGCCCGAGGAUGUGAGCAUCAUUGUGAACCGUUUUAAGCCUGGCCAAGAGCAAGAAAAACGGCUGUCGCCUGACAGCAGCCUCGGCUCCGGUUCUAGCGAGAAUGGUUCCGUUCGUGAAAAACGCGGCGUUGAAGUGCUGAUAACCAGCGGAGGCGGCGAUGCGGACAGCAUUGGCACCAACACUAGUCAGGACAGUCGCAACGAGGUGGAUAACAAGCAGCUGCACACUAUGAUGCCCCCGCCGCCUCCGUUGAGCAACAACAAUCGCAACAACCUACAUCAGCAGCGGUUGGCGCUGUCGAUUGAUGAGGAGGAGGAGGAGGCGGACGUUGUGGUUAUUCGUCAAAAGCCGCGCGUGCCAGCUGCUAAAUCCGCAGGCGCUAGUGGACUCACCAAGGAGGAGAUCGAGCUGCGCAAUUUGCGAAAGAAGACACGCAAGCGCACGCGCAAAUUUGAAAUUGAUGGCGUGCAAAUGACCACAACAACUAGUCGCGUCAUCUAUGGCGAUGAGGAUAACGGACGCAUCUACGAUGAUCACGACUUCCGCAAACAGGAGCUGCGCGAACUGAAAAUGCUUCAGAAGCAGGAAAAGAAGCAGCAAACCGAGUUGCAUGUCAAGGAGCAGUUGGCCAAGGAGCAACAGGAUCGUCGCUUCGAACAGGAGCGUAUGUCACUUGAGAAGACCUACGAGACGGACAUGGAAACUCUCGCGCGUCAACACAAGCAGCUAAUCGAGAAGACCGAACAGACGCAAGAGAACGAAUUGCGCAGCUCCUCGAAGCGUAUACGCUCUGAGCAGGAGCAAGAGCUUAAGAUAUUCCGCGAGAAUCUUAAGCAGGAGAUCCGGCUGCUCAAGCAGGAGGUUGAUCUGUUUCCCAAAGACAAACGGAAGGACGAGUUCAAGCAGCGCCGCACAGCCAUGGAGCUGGAUCACGAGGAGAAGGAGCGCGCGUUCCUUGACUCACUCAAGGAGCGGCACGAGCUGCUGCUGCGCCGUCUCAGCGAGAAGCAUCGAGAUCACUUGGCAACUAUCAAUCGCAAUUUCCUGCAACAGAAACAGAAUGCCAUGCGUACGCGCGAGGCUCUGCUUUGGGAACUAGAGGAAAAGCAGUUGCAUGAACGCCAUCAGCUGUCCAAGCGGCAUGUCAAAGAGCUAUGCUUCAUGCAGCGCCAUCAAAUGAUCGUACGUCACGAGAAGGAACUAGAUCAAGUAAAACGUAUGCUGCAGCGCAAAGAGGAGGACUUACUUAAGAAGCAAACACUCGAGAAGCGCGCUCUGCCCAAGCGCAUACGGGCUGAGCGGAAGGCACGUGAUCUCAUGUUCCGCGAAUCCUUGCGCAUCUCCACUAAUCUCGAUCCUGAUAUUGAGCGUGAUCGCUUAAAGAAGUUCCAGGAGCAGGAGAAGAAACGCUACAUGCAGGAGGAGCGUCGCUUUGAGGUCAAACAUCAAAAGCAGUUGGAAGAGCUGCGUGCCACGCGUGAAAGCGCCAUUAGAGAGCUGGAACAGCUGCAGAACGAGAAGCGCAAGGCCCUUGUUGAACACGAGCAUGCAAAGCUCUCGGAGAUCGAUGAGCGGCUUAAAGCCGAGCUGCGAGAUUGGCGUGAACAGCUAGUGCCCCGCAAACAGCGACUCAAUGUCCUGAUAAGCGCCGCCAUCGAUGAGCAUGAGAAGCGCUACGGCCUCGUAGCCAACCGAAGCGAGUUUGAGAACCUCGAGGUGGAGCUGCCCUUGAGGCUGCGCGGCAUAUUCAAUGAUCGAUCGGCGCGACUGUUGCCGCGCAACACCUUCAUCGAUCCGCAGCAGCUGCCCCGGGCGCGCUCUUCGCUCUUGAUGCUUGGGUCGGGCGGUGGCCGGGGUAACUUCCGGGGCUCGGCGCCCGAUUUGAGCCGCAGCGUGCCGAGCACGCCGAUCAUGCACAAAUAUCAACGGGCCCAAAUGUGCAGCGGCAUGAUGCUUCCCGAGGAGGAGGACGGGGACGAGGAACAAAUGAAGCGCGCUAGCGUGGUCACCUUGCCGGGAGCACAGCCGCUGCGUUUGAUUACCAAGGUGCCGCCAAGUGCGACGCCGAAUGAGCUGGUCAAGGUGGUGACCCCUACGCCGCAGCUGAACAGCGCAGACGAGGCGAGUGUGAAGCCAGCGAUGAGCACGUUCAAGCAGACAGAGGCCCCGCCGCUACCAAAGACGCCAGAGGAGCUAGGUCUGGUAGCGCAUCGAUUUGGAAGACCCGAAGUGCCAGAGCCGGCCGUCACACUGCGCAUAAAUGAGGGGCCCAAGCUGACGGCCCGCACACAGCACCUGCUGCACUCCACUUCAUUUGCGAUCAAGCGUCCCUCACUGGCCAGCCGCAGCAGCGGGCGGUCCUCGUUGGGCAGCGCCCAGUCCAUGUACAAUAUGCACGAGUUGAGCACCUCGACUCGCUACUGCAGCGACGCCGAGCUGAUCUUCGAUGCAGGACUGAAGGCAGCCGCCCUACUGGAUGAGGUGCAGCCACAGCUGCGCUCUACGCUGAAGCCCAUCCACAACGGCAGCGUCACAGAUGACUUCUACCACGAUUUGUAUGCGACCAAGUACAGGCUGCCUCGCAUAGCUCAGCGCCAGCUCAGCUUGGACGACGACACAUCGGCCGCUUAACGAUCGCACUGCAGGCUAUAUAUUGAUAUAUAACAACCAUGUCUACAAUAUCAAUAUCAAUGAACUCGUCUCAUCUAAGCAGCAUCUCCUAAUCCACCGUACUAAUUCCUAAAUGCGCUAUAUUUUCCUUUCCAUUAACAUUGUUUGCUUUUGGUGGUUAAUACACACACAUACACACAGACGCAGAGAGACAUAACACACACUCAUAA